AGAUGGAGGGUCAGCGCCGCUACCCCCAUCGAAAGAAAAAGCAUACUAAAACCCUCGAUAAACCCUUGGUCGAAUCCCCAAAAUGGAUCACAUCGCCGCAGCGGAGGAACGAAUUGUAACAGAGAAAUUGAGGCAAAAGCUCAACGAGGUUAAUUCCGCUGUUCAAUCCCAGCUCAACGUUGUUCAGGACCAUGUCAAUUUCACCCUCCAGAAAGCGUACUUUAGAUGUGCGUACGAGUGCUUUGACAGGAGGAGGAGGCAGGAAGACAUAAGCAUGUGCGUUGAGAAUUGCAGCAUGCCUGUUCUUCAAGCUCAGAAUCUCGUUGAAGGAGAAAUGGCCAAAUUUCAGGAACGAUUGAAUAGGUCACUGAUGGUAUGCCAAGAUAAAUUUGAGUCUGCAAAGAUGCAACAGAUGAGGACUGAUGCAACAAAGGAUAUGGAAUCAUGUGUUAAUCAGACAGUUGAAGAACAUGUCAAGGCAUUGCCACAUUUGGUUGCAAAAUUGAAGGCUUCCCUCAACAUCAAUCCCAUUAACGAGUGAAAUGUCAUUGCUAUCUGCAUUUUCUUGUAGCAAAUCAUAGAAUAUUAUGCAUGGAGAGGUAAAGAAGCAUGUGCUAAUAUACAUUUACAUUUUGCUGAUUGAACUUGAAUAAUUGGGCAAGUUUUGUUCUUGAUUUACUAAUACUGUGAAACUGAAGAGAAAUGAUGUUGAAGUUAGAGGUGUCAAUUUGGGUUA